UGCUUCUGAGGUGGCGGAGAAAACUACUUCUCCCAUGAGCUCCCGCGCGGCGAGUGUUCCCUUUUGGCCUUCCCGAGACCGCCAUGACGGUUUUGUGUGUGUGUGUGUUAUGCGUUGAGUGAGGUGUGUGUAUCAGUAUGUGUGAGUGAGUGAAUGUGAAAGGGAAGGAGGAAGAGGAGAGGAUGAGAGAGGCUGGGGGAGGAGGAGGAGGAGGAGGCUCCACCAGCACCGUGGGGCCUAGCUCUGUCCCUUCCGAGGAGCUGUGGGGGCGAGUGAACCCCACUCCCCGACCUGCCCAUUUGGAGGGGGGUGGGUGGGUUUAAAGGCCCUCCCUUAUGUGGGGGGAGGGACAGCUGGGCAGCGCAGAGCCCCCUUGAGGAAAAGGGUGGGGUGGGGGGACCAGGUUCCCAUUCCCCCCUUGGAUUGCAGGGCGGGGGGGCUGGCAGUGGGGAGCGCCUAGAGGGCCCCACCCCGUUGCAGGAGCAAGGGUUUUGCAAGGUUAACAACCCCCCACCCUUUCAUUGCUUCGGAGGGGGGCAGAAAGCUGAGAGAUCGCCAAGGCAGGCACUGGGCCUUUUCCAUCUGGGCUCUGUGUGUGAGAGUGAGGCCAGAGCUAUGUCCCUGAUUUAAAGGGAAAGGCUGAUCAUCAUCAUCAUAAAUAUCAUUUGGGGACUGUUUUCACCUAGCCCCCACCCCCUUUUGAUUCCCCCCUCCCCACUGCUCUCCAAAGUGCAUGGAGAUGUUGUUGGAGUAACAAGCCAAGGGGCAAGUCCCCCUUCUCCUCCUCCUCCUCCUCUUCUCCCACCUCCAGUAAGCCCAAAGAGUGGGGAGUGGGCUUAGAGAGGGGAGUGGUCUGCCUACAUUUGAAAAGGGGAGGGUGGGUGUUCUGGCAACUAAGGAAAAUCUCAGUGGUGGGCAGAAGAGGAGGAGGAGUCAGGAGGAAGCAAGGAGGGUUGGAGGGGGGGUUAUUGGAGGUUGCACCGCGCAUAGGCAAUGCCCAAGGCUCCAUCCAAAAUUAGGGGUGCAGGGGGUCCCUGAGUAGAUGUGUGCUACAGCGGGAGCUUUCCUUGUUAUUUUUUUAGAUGUUCGGGGGAAGGGAAGCCUCCUCACACAUCAUCCCCUUGUUUUCUCCCAAGGGCAAGGAAGGAAACCGUGGAGGGUAGAAUAGGAGAGAGGGGGUGAGAGGACUGGGGGAAACUGCUGCUAUGAAUCUGUAAUCGCCUCUUUGGGGAGAUCGACCCGCCCCUCCGACUCUUCUCCACCCCCCUAUUUUUGUGGGGGGGACUGAGGGAGAGACGCACGCACACACAAAUCCUUCAACAACUGGCUGGAUCUCUUCUCUCUCCCCCCCUCCACUGCCCACCAUGACAACAAACCCAGCAUUAGAAUCGCCAUCCGCCCCAUGGCCACACAGCAGGCUGCUGAUGGAUGAGGAAGAAUCUUUGGUGCCUGGAUGCGCUUCCCAAAGCCCAGAGAGUAGCUGAAGCGGGACGUAGCCAAUGUCGUCCAGCAAAGGGGCGGGGGCUGGAGCUCGCCGGCGGCGGACGCGGUGCCGGAAGUGCAAAGCUUGCCUGCGGUCGGAGUGUGGGGAGUGCCACUUCUGCAAGGACAUGAAGAAGUUUGGGGGGCCAGGGCGCAUGAAGCAGUCCUGCCUCCAGCGGCAGUGCACGGCGGAGCCUCACAUGAGUGAACCCCCAUCCCUGCCCCCGACCCUCCACCCCUGCCCCUCACUUCCCACCCCUCUCUCGUUGCAGCCAGUUCUACCUCACACGGCCGUGUGCCUGGUGUGUGGGGAGGCCGGGAAAGAGGACACAGUGGAGGGCGAAGAGGAGAAGUUCAACCUGUCGCUCAUGGAGUGCACCAUUUGCAACGAGAUUGUGCAUCCGGGCUGCUUGAAGAUGGGGAAAGCCGAAGGGGUCAUCAACAACGAGAUUCCAAACUGUUGGGAAUGCCCCAAGUGCAAGAGAGAAGGCAAAUCGAUGAAAGACUCGGGCGACGGCACGGGGAAGCGGCGUUCCGACAACGGCGAGGACGGCGUCCGGUGGAAGCUGACGGACGAGCCUGCUCAGAACAAGAAGAAGUUGGCGCCGGCGCCGCCUUUGCCCCCGCCACCCACGGAGGAAAGCCCGGUUCAGGCCGGGGCCCACAAGCGGAAGAAGGAGAAGGAGCUGCCACCCCCAGACACAGGGCCCAAGAAAAAGUUAAAAGGCACGCGGGAAAAGCAUUUGAAGAAGGCCACUGAGCAGCAGCCCGAUGGGAACAAGUUGCAAUCCAUGCAGACCUGGAGCCGCAUGGGCAGCGGGGACUUUGAGGUGAAGGGCACCAUCUCCCACCCCUCCAUCCACUUGAAUCAGAUCACCGCCAGCGACUUAGAGAAGCCGAAGGGUCCUCCGGGCCCCCUAGAGCCCUCCACGCAGUCGGACAAGUCCCACCAGCGGGAAAAGUUGGAGCGCUUCAAGCAGAUGUGCCAGAUGUUGGAGCGGGUGAAGAACAGCAGCAGCUCGAGCUCCAGUUCAGACUCUGACUCCGACACGGACUCUCGGGGCUCGGACGGCUCCAGCGGGGGGGUGUCGAGCCGAGCCGCCUCCCCAGCCACCCGCUCCCAGCGCCUGGCCGCCCUGGGCUUCAGCGCCAGCGAGGACGACGAGGAAGAGGACGAGGAGGAAGAGGAGGAGGCGGCGGAGGGUGGGCGGCGCAACGGCAGCUCAGAGACGGCGCGCAACGGCAAGCAGCCGAAAGCUCGGGGGAACUCUCAGGAGAAAGAGAACAAUCACCGCCCGACCAGCCGGGGCAGCGAGCGGGCCAAGCAGCAGGCGGGCGGGCGCAAGGCGGGCCGGCCCGCCGGGCAGACGGGCCUGCGCAUGGUGGCGCGGACUCAGUUCCUCAACUGGCCCCUGGUGCCCUCGCCGCCCAAACCUCUGCUGCAGCUGGAGCGGCACGUGGUGCGUCCGCCGCCCGACAGCCCUGAGCCCGACUCCCUGCCCUUGGACAGCGGAUCCGACCAUAUCAUGCAGCGGGACGUUUGGUUGGCCGUCUUCCAAUACCUCAGCUAUCGGGAGCUGUGCGUCUGCAUGAGGGUGUGCCGGACGUGGAGCCGUUGGUGCUGUGACAAGCGGCUAUGGACGCACAUUGACCUGAGCCGUCGGAAAUCCAUCACUCCCUCCAUGCUGAGCGGCAUCAUCCGCCGGCAGCCGGCCAGCCUUGACCUUAGCUGGACCAACAUCUCCAAGAAGCAGCUAAUGUGGCUUCUCAACAGGUUGCAAGGCCUCAAGGAACUCAUCCUGACAGGCUGCUCUUGGUGCUCCGUGUCGGCGCUCAGCACAGCCAACUUCCCCUCCCUGCGGCUCCUGGAUUUGCGUUGGAUCGAGGACGUCAAGGACUCUCACCUCCGCGAACUGCUGUUGCCUGCCCCGGAUGCCAAGCCGGGCCAGACCGACAGUCGGGGUCGGCUCCAGAAUGUUUCUGAGCUGCGGCUCUCUGGGCUGGACAUCACGGACUCCUCACUGCGCUUGGUGAUCCGGCACACGCCCCAGCUUGCCAAACUGGACCUGAGCCACUGCAACCACGUGGGCGACCAGUCUGUUAACCUGCUGACUGCUGCUAACUCCCCACUCCGAGAGACCCUUGCCGAGCUCAACCUCGCCGGGUGCAACCGGCUGACGGAUCAGUGUCUGCCCCUUUUCCGCCGCUGCCCGCGCCUCUCCCGCAUCGACCUGCGCACCUGCCACCACGUCACGCCCGAGGCCUGCGCCCGCUUUGCCGAGGACUCUGUCUCCAACAGCACCUCCGUCCCCCCGGCCCCUGGCUCGGCGCCUCCCGGGCCCCCUUUCCGUUGCCCCGAGGAGAAAUUGCUGCUGAAGGACAGCUAAUACCCGCCCUGGGGUGGAGGCGCAAGGGAGACUCUGCCUCGCCAGUCGGACAAACCGGACGCGGACUCUGAGAGAACCUUUUUACUUAAAGCCAUGCACUGAACCGGAGUGGCGUCUCCACCCCCCUCGACGUGCGCAGCUAAAGAAGAGGGGUGGAGGGUUGUGCUCCCCCCACCCCACCCCACUCCCCACCCCUGCCAGGGUGGGGGUCGGCCGCCUCUUGCUCCACCCCCACCCCUCGUUCCAGGACAGAGCCACGGAGUAAGUGGGGCCUGGGGUAGCCUUGUUGCUUUACAAUGCUGGGAAAAGGCGUUUUCCUCCUCCUCCCAUCAUGCACUGCGUCGUACUCUCCGCCCCCCCCCCAACCCCAACCUGUCUGUGCCGCAGUCGGUACCACGGUCUCUUUCUCUCGGGGUGAGGGGGGUUGACACACAGCCUUGAAAUGCUGGCUCAGGAGGAAGGCAGCUUAUUUUAUGGUGUCAGGUUAUUUUUCUCACUCCGGCCCCCUCCCCGAUGCAUAUGUGCACUCCAACCUCCUCCAUCCCGCCCCCCACAUGCUGCCUUUAUGAUUUUGAAAGUGUGCGUGCCUGCCUGCCUGUCUUUCCCCCCAUCCCUCCCUCCCCAAGCACUCAUUUUUUCAGUGCGGUUUUUACAAAGGGUGGGGCGGGGGAGCCAGGCAGCUGAUACUUCGAUCCCUCCUGCCCCCCCUCACUACACACCCACUGAAAUUCCGUCCGCCCCACAUCCACUGGGAGGGCACAGGCUGUGGGUCGCCACGCAUGCGCGGGGGCUGAAUGUGCAGGCGGUCUCCCGCGGCCCAAAUCUGGACCCCGUGUUCCUGGCC